AUGAAGCUCACCUGGGUCCUCUCGGCCGUUGCGGCCGCUAUGGUGUCUGUUGUCCACGCAGGAUCAGCUGCCGAGCUGCUGGGGAUUGUUGCAAGCAUGCCUACCUGUGGAGUUAUGUGCCUGGAAAAAUCAAUCGCCGCCUCACCGUGUGGCCUGACGGAUACGGCUUGUACUUGCUCCAACGCAACCCUCAAUGCCCAGAUCACCCUCUGCGUAACCGAGACCUGCACUCUCAAGCAACAGCUUACCACAAAGAACGCAACUGAAAGCCUUUGCGAUGCUCCCAUCCGGGACAACACGAAAGCUGUAUCAUACACUGGUGUCAUUGGAGGGAUCAUUGCCCUUGUGGCCUAUAUAUUGCGUAUGGUGUCCCGUCUGCCACAGUUUGGCGGCAAAGUCGGUUGGGAUGAUGCCGUUAUGACAUUCGCGGUGCUCCUGGUUAUUCCAUUAACGUGCCUGUCCGUUGUACUAGCCGACGUUGGUCUGGGAAGAGAUAUUUGGACCUUACCGUUCAAAAAUAUCACCCAAGUCCUUUACAUCUACUACUUUGACGAAGAUCUCUACUUGACAGCACUUCCGAUGAUCAAGAUAUCCAUCCUCUGUUUCUAUCUUCGGAUCUUUCCAGAGCGCAACUUUAGGCGAAUUGUCUAUGGCGUCAUCGGUUGUUGUGUCGGUUAUGGCAUUGCUUUCUUGCUUGUCUCGGUCUUCCAAUGCCGGCCGAUCAGCUACGCGUGGACUCAAUGGGAUGGCGAGCAUCAAGGUUCCUGCAACAAUAUUAACGCGCAAGGCUGGACAAGUGCAGCUAUCAACGUCGUGCUGGACUUGGUUGUUAUCAUCCUGCCCUUGCCACUGCUGGCUAAACUACAGCUAAACAAGAGGAAGAAAGCUCUACUCAUGCUUAUGUUCUGCGUCGGUUUUUUCGUCACUGUUGUUAGUAUCCUUCGCCUUCAAGUGCUCAUCAAAUUUGGCGGUACCUCAAACCUGACUUGGGAUUACGUGUCUGUCGGAUACUGGAGUACCGUAGAAGUGCACGUUGGCAUAAUAUGCGCGUGCAUGCCGGCCAUGCGGUCUCUCUUCACACAUUUUAUGCCCAAGGCCAUGGGUCAGACCACUCAGGGCAAAUACUAUAACGACCAUAUUCGUCGCUCCGUUGACCCCGAUGUCGAGUACGACUACGUCGUUGUUGGCUCCGGUCCUGGUGGUGGCCCCCUCGCCUCUAGGCUUGCUCUUGCUGGGAACAAAGUUCUUUUGAUCGAUGCCGGCGACGACCAAGGAAACGCUACCAGACAAUAUGUCCCUGCUUUGCAGCUGCAGUCCACCGAAUACGAGCCGAUGAGAUGGGAUUACUACGUCCAACAUUACGCAGACACCACUCGGCAGAAGCGUGAUUCGAAGAUGUUGUACAAUACAACUUCCGGCGAACUUUAUAAGGGCAAGUAUCCACCAGAGGGAGCCGAGCCUGUCGGUAUAUUGUAUCCUCGCGCAGGUACACUGGGAGGUUGCGCUUCUCACAAUGCCAUGGUCACCAUCCUCCCCCACGACAGCGACUGGACUUACAUCCAAAGCAUCACCGGAGACGACUCCUGGGAACCGGCCAAGAUGAAGAAAUAUUUCGAAAAGCUUGAGCGGAACCGCUACCUGCCCAACACCAUUGUUGGACAUGGCUUCUCUGGCUGGUUGGGCACGGCGCUCACCGACCUGUCACUCGUCAUUGAGGACCAGAAGCUUCUGUCACUUAUCCUUUCCGCAGCCACAGCCAUGGGCAAGAACAUAGUUGCCAAGCUGCUCACUACCGUUGGCGGUCUGGCGCAGGUUCUGGCCCAAGAUCUUAAUUCUGGCCUUCCUGGUCGCGACCAACAAACGGGUCUCUUCCAGGUACCGAUUGCCGUGGAUGAAGGGUCUUCGCAUCGCAUGGGCCCUCGGGACUUCAUCAUGGAGGUACACAAUGCUAAGAACUCCGAUGGCUCGCGCAAGUACCAUCUCGACAUUGCCCUCAACACUCUAGCCACGAAGGUCGUCUUUGAUCAAUCAGGUGACACGCCCAAAGCUGUGGGUAUUGAGUACCUCGAGGGUCAAAGUCUUUACGCAGCCGAUCCUCGUUAUGCUGGUGCUCAAGGCACAUCCGGCUCCGUCAACGCGACCAAGGAGGUGAUUGUCUCUGCCGGCGCAUUCAACACCCCUCAGCUUCUUAAGUUGAGUGGAGUGGGUCCCAAGGAAGAGCUGAAGAACUUCGGUAUCAACGUCGUUAAGGACCUUCCGGGUGUUGGUACGAACAUGCAGGAUCGCUACGAGACCACCGUUAUUGGAAAGACCCCCACGGACUUUACCAUUACCCACAAGUGCACUUUCAUGAUGACGAUGCCGGACCCGUGUUUGGAGCAGUUCGAAGAGGGCCUCACUCCUGCGCUGAGGGGCACCUACGCCACCAACGGUAUCGCCAUUGCCAUCGUGAAAAAAUCAUCUGCUGCUGCCGAGGGUGAUGAUCCUGACAUUCUGAUCACCGGCGCACCGACGAACUUCCAGGGCUAUUAUCCGAACUACGGCGAUAUUGGUCUGUCGGAUGCUCAGCACUGGAGCUGGAUCACCUUGAAGGCGCACACCCGCAACAACGCCGGCACGGUCAAGCUGCGGUCCGCGGACCCUCGCGACACGCCCGCCAUCACCUUCAACUAUUUUGACACAGGUAACACCGAGGAUGGUGGUGACGACAAGGACCUGCAGGCUGUCUACGAGAGCAUGGAGUUCUCGCGCAAGAUGUUCGACAACCUGGUUCCGCUUGAUGGCUCCUUCUCCGAGAGCUGGCCCGGUACGAACAUCAGCUCUGAGGCGCAGCUCAAGCAGUUCAUUAAGGACGAGGCUUGGGGCCACCAUGCUUCUUGCACCUGCCCCAUUGGCGCUGAUGAUGAUGAGAUGGCUGUUCUUGACUCUAACUUCCGUGUCCGCGGUGUUGAUGGCCUCCGUGUGGUGGACGCCUCGGUUUUCCCCAAGAUUCCUGGCUUUUACAUUGCUGCACCCAUUUACAUGAUCAGCGAGAAGGCAGCGGAUGCGAUCAUUAAUGGUGCCUCGUAG